UGCCGCGAUGGAGUACUGAGUCCACAUCAGGCUUACGGAGACGCUUAGUCGUAUGAUGUAGUGUAGCAGUAUAGUGCUAGGAACCCGAUACCUCACUCCUUCGGUGCGUCACAUCUCUUUGUGAGCUUAUGCAUGGAUCCAAAGCGUGACAUGGACGCAAACAGUAAUUCGGUCUCCCACCAAUCCAAUCGCUGCCUUCCAAGAGGAGGCGUGCGCACCCAGGCGUGGCCUCCGCAGCGCGGUUGUGACAAUGACGUCUUUAGACCGCGCUUUCACGCCGACAGUGACACGUGCAGGUCAACAGCGCAGGUGAAACUCGAUACCACCACGAUGCUGUCCACACUCAUCCUCCGCAUCUCCGUCCUCGCAGUCGCAGUCCUGGCCCCUGUCGUCUGCGCAAGUGGCCCGUCUGACAAAUACGAUCCAUACAACAGCUGCGGAGCGCCGUUCUGCGGUUCGACAGGUUCCGGCGGCAAUGUCGGCGCUGCUGGCGCUCUGGUUCGCAACAGCACCACUGACGCCGCAAAGAAUAGGUUCAGCGAGGUGCUUCCGGAUGUCGAGUAAUUGGAUUGCGUUUGUGCGCUGGGCUGGUUUUUGGAUGGAAGCCCGGCUCCUGAGGUGCGCUGCCUCGGAUUUGCUGCUUCGCUGCUGACACGGCGCAGAUUUGCCCAACACUUUCGUCGGG